AUGGCCGCAAGAGUGGUGACACCACCAAAACAGCAGCAUGAGCAAGGGGAAAUAAAUGAAGGUGAUUUGCCAGUAUCAAUAUUCCUGACGCCUAUAGCAGCACCCAUGCGCUUCAGUAUUAUGUAUCCAGAUUUUGGGGUGAAUAACUUUCAGAUCAGGCCGGAUUGGAUUAACUUGAUGAGCAACACUUUGCAAUUCUACGGGCUACCUCAUGAGAAUCCAAAUACAUAUAUCUCCAACUUUCUCAGAAAUUGUCAGAACUUCCAUGCUCCGGGGGUCAAUGAAGAUGCUAUUAAAUUACGACUAUUUCCAUUUACACUGAGAGAUGCUGCAUUGGAGUGGUUAGAUGCAGAGCCUCAUGCCAGCAUUACUACAUGGGAAGAACUGAUCAGGAAAUUCUGCACCAAAUUCUUUCCACCAGCCAGAGUAGCUAAAAUUAGAUUGGAAAUUCAAACUUUUCAACAGAAAGAGGAAGAAAGCUAUAACGAGGCAUGGAAUAGAUUUAAUGAGCUGAUGAGAAAAUGUCCAAACCAUGGAAUCACUCAAGGAAACCAAGUGCAGUACUUCUACACUGGACUUACACCAUUGUCAAAAUCUCAAGUUGAUGCCUCUGCUGGUGGAUCAAUCAUAGGGAAAUCAGUGCAACAAACCAUGGACCUAUUUGAGUCAAUUGCCACCAUACAUUCAAUGUUCUCAUCAGAAAGAGUGAUAGCAGCUUUAACAAAACAGGUAGAGUUACUUGUAAAAUUGCAAACACAUGGAGCAAAUGCAAUGAUGGCAAGUUCAGCAUGUGAGAAUUGUGGGAGAAAUCAUGCUACAAAGAGCUGCAUGAUGCUCACUUCUUCAGAGGAACAAGUAAACUUUAUUCAAAAUAGCUCCCGUAAUUUCAACUCAUAUAGUAACAAUUUCCAACAAGAAAGAAGACCAAGUUUGGGGGAGAUGUUUCAACAAUAUGGGCAAAAGACGGACAAGGUGUUCCAGCAAAUUGACACGAACUUUCAAAAUCAGCAGGCAUCCAUCAAAAAACUGGAGACACAAAUUGGUCAGAUAGCACAACAACUUGCAGAACGUCCACAAGGGACAUUGCCUGGCAAUACAAUGAUAAAUCCUAAGGAACAGUUGAUGGCAAUUGAAGUGGUGGAGAACGAUCCACCCAGGGCCCCCGUAAAAGUUAAAGCAUAUGUACCUCCACUUCUAUUUCCCCAAAGACUUUGA